GGAGAUCGAGAACGGGGUGUUGGUAUGAUGCAUGUCCGUCACAUUAGUCUGCACUAAUCGCUUAUACAGGCCUUGUAAAGCGCGCAAAGUCAAAUGCGGAGAGGAAAAGCCAAAUUGUCUGAAUUGCGAACGUCAAGGCGAGCCAUGCGACUACAACAUUAGACUUAACUGGGGCGGACGUACGAAGCGUGACCCAUCAGCUUCGGGUUCAACCGCAUCGAGCACCGGAUCCGCCAGUCCAUACAUGUCGACUUUCUCGUUUGGGGACGAUGCAUCGCAGUGGUACCCACCAACCCUGGAUCCAUCAAAUCCCGGAAGCCAACAUUCUCAUUCUUUGUCGCGUAGUUCCCCCCCUCGAUCAGGGCCUACCGCUGUCGACCCUGAGUUGGUCAGACUAGGUCAGUCUGAACUACAUCGACUCGGAAGUAGUCUGGAAUAUCAGCAAGACCAUUUCAAUCAGACCGUAAAUGGACUACCAGUAUCCCCAGCACCCUUCCAACAGACUCAAUUUCAGACCCCUUUCGAGUUCUCAUCUCUAUCGACCUCUGCCUUUGAAGCUCUUGCAUACAGCAAUGUUGGAUUCAGCUCUGUCAAUGCAGAUGCACCUCUUUCACCCCCAUCGAUGCUCCCACCAAGGGGGUCUGCAGAAUCGAUGUAUAAGCGCCACAAGUCAAGUCAUUCAGCAGGAUCCCCUGCAACAACCCUCUCGGAUGCACAAUCGCCAUAUACAGGUCCGCCUACACCCUACAACCCCUUUGUUACCAUGCCGUUGACUCCGAACUCUUCAGUAGGCUCUGAAGAACCAACCGUGCGCUCUUCAACAGACCACCAAAGUCCGGCAUACCCACCUCCGGAUCUACGACGCUUAUCAGUACAGUCGCUCGUCAACAGCACGAAUGGUAGUAGUCUACAUGAGUGUAACUCUGAAGGCGAGUCAAGGCGAAGAUAUCCGGUCAUGGACUCUGUGUCGACAACCUACGGAUACGACAUGGGCCUACCAGACUUUGACACACCCAGAAACAAAGACGAUUCUGCGAUAGCCAUCUUUAGUCCACCAAUCGGCAGAAGGGAGAUCAGUGAAGACUUUCCUUUUGUUGAAGCAGAGCCUCGCACUCGAGACAUGGCUUUCGGCAAAGGUGGGUACUACGUCAAACCAGUCCAGAUACGGAUACCAAAAUCGUUGGAACCACUACCGCCACUGCUGAUGGAAAACAAGAUGAACCUUCUUUACUUUCACCACUUUAUCAACCAUACAGCCCGCAUCCUUGUGCCACAUGACUGCGAGAGGAACCCUUUCCGUCAGAUUCUGCCAGAGAUGGCUGUACGCGAUGAUAAUAUCAUGAACCUUCUGUUGGCCUACAGUGCUUCACAUCGCGCCCGAAUGCUCAACCAGCCUGAGCCCUCCAACCGUAUCGCGGUAUGGGUACAAGACGUUUUCCCGAAACUGCGCCAAUCACUCACAGAAAACCCCAACAACAUAUCCAAUAGCACAUUAGCUGCUGUAAUCAUGAUGGCAAGCCUGGAGAUCAUCGCGUCCAACACAUUUGAGGUCCCCAUCUCUUGGCAAAGCCACCUUCAAAUGGCUCGACAAAUGGUUAUGGCACGAGGUGGUCCCCAAGGUGUAGACAGACAAGAUCGUGUUGCCUACUUCCUUUCUCGCUGGUUUGCUUACCUCGACGUCCUCGGCUCACUUAGCGGCAACAAGACCGACACACCACUCGGUUCGUUCUACUGGUCAUCAGAAAACGCAUCCGCCGACGAAGAAUUCGAAAUCGAUUGCCUGAUGGGCUUCACGAACCGCUGCGUCGGCAGCCUCGCGCGCAUCUCAGAACUCGCAAAACUGUGCGAGCCGUUGCGCAUCGACGACGACGGGAAUAUCAGAGACGCCUGGCAGCCCGGCCCGGACAUCUACGCCACCGCCAUGCACAUCCGCAACGAGCUUGAAGAGGGCUUGUCUGACCGCCACAUCCACAAGGGCUGCAAUCACCGCCACGACUCGACCGCCGAGUCCGAGGGCGCCUGGGACGCCACCGAGAUCUACGCCACUAACGAGAUGUUCCACUGGGGAGGCCUGGUGCAUCUAUACCGCCGCGUAUUGGGCAAGCCAGCCACAGACCCGGAAGUGCAGAAUGCGAUCCGUGAGAUUGUCGAGCUGUUGUAUAAAGUACGGCGAGGCAGCUCGGCGGAAGCGUGUUUGCUAUUCCCUAUGUUUGUGGCUGGAUGCGAUGCGCAGGACGAAGGGCAAAGGGAGAAGAUUAUGGAUCGGCUGAGGGGGGUGGAAGGCUUUGGCAUGACGCAGAUUGACAGGGCAAAGUGUCUCAUGCAGCAAGUUUGGGAGACUGGGAAGCCGUGGGAGUCGCUUGUGAGCGGUGAAUUUUUUGGGUAGUUCUUGUGGUGUCGUUUUGGCUGACUUCAAUGGUUGGGUUCAAAUUGGAGGGCAGUAUGCUCUCGCGUCCUGCAUAGUGUGCUGAGACGACGUACGAAAAGCCUCU